CAAGAUCACAUUUUCCAGUUCAUAGCAAAUGUGAUAUUUUGGUGAAUAACUUGUGCGAAAGCUUUAAUAAUUACAUACUUGAGGCAAUAGACAAACCAAUUAUAAGUAUGUUUGAGUGCAUUAGAACAAAAUUGAUGUCUAGGUUGCAAUUGAAAAGAGAGGGAAUGGAGAAGUAUGGAGGAUCAAUUUGCCCUAAUAUCCUAAAGAAGAUAAACAAGCAACGACAUGCUGCAAGAAAUUAUUUCAUUAGGUGGUGUGGUGGGGGAGAGUAUGAAAUUGACCACUUCUUGAACAAGUAUGUGGUUGACUUAGAGAAGAAAACAUGCAGUUGUGGCAUGUUUCAAUUGACAGGAUACCCAUGUUGUCAUGCUUGUUCAACAAUUGUUUCAAAAAGGGCUAGAAUGGAUGAUUAUGUGGAUGAUUUUUAUAAUAAGACAGUUUACCUCAAAGUGUAUAAUGACAUGAUACAUGCUGUCCCUAGAGCACAAGAUUACAUAAAAACUAGUUUUCAGCCCUUUAAAUCUCCUAAGAUUAAAAAGAAAAGGGGCAGACCUAAGAAACUGAGGAGAAAGGGCCCUAAUGAGCUGCAGUCAAACACAUCAACGCGAAAAGUAUUGACGCAUACCUGCAGUAAAUGCCUUCAAAUAGGCCACAACAAGGGCAGCUGCAAGAAUGAAAUAAUCCAAAGUCGAAGUUUUUCAAGGUAAAUGUUGCUGUUCCAGAAGAAAUUCCACAUGGAUCACCCCCCCCCC